AUGGCGGAACUGGCGCAGGAGGAUGCGGCGAUCAAGAUGUCCUCAACGCCAUCCCCAACCGCGUCAAAUCCAGCCAGCAGCUCAUCCGCACACCGAAGACCCUCACGGAAGAGUACUUUGACCCAGCAGCAGAAAAAUCGGAAGAGACAACGUGCGACGCAAGACCAAUUGGCCACGCUGGAGUUGGAAUUUAACAAGAACCCCACGCCAACGGCCACAGUCAGAGAACGAAUUGCGGAGGAUAUAAAUAUGACUGAGCGAUCUGUACAGAUCUGGUUCCAGAACAGACGGGCAAAAAUAAAGCUCCUGGCAAAAAAGAGCAUCGAGACGGGCGAAGACUGUGACUCGAUUCCGGAAGCAAUGCGUCAGUAUCUUGCACUCCAAACCAUGGAGUCUGGAAGGUCGUUGUUGGGAGGCAACUUCCUGGGCCGUUCUGGAUUGGUGCCUUACGGUAGCGGUAAUAUGAUAAUGGGAGGUGACCAUGGUCCUCAAGGCAAAGUCGUCAUCCACCACCUUUCGUGUGGAUCGUUAAGUAUUGGAUCAUGGAGACGGGUAGGCCAAAAUGCCAUGGAUCUUAUCAUCUUCUACUCCCCCGACAAGGCGUGCAUGACAUACUAUAUCAACAAUGAUCAAUCAGGCUACAAGAUCGAAUACCCUUUCUCAUUUAUCAAAAAUAUCUUCCUGGAACAUGGGGAUAUUGAAUCAGGGAAUCCCGGUGGUUUGGUGGUGGAACUCAAUCGACCGCCGCUCUUCUUUAUGGACUCCUCGGGAUCAGGUGGAUUUUUUCAUUGUGACGACUUUUCCGAGGAGCAGCAGGCGUCCCAGGUACUGGUGCACCAUCUCGGAGGAAACCCCAAGGUCCUGAGCGGUCAAUUGGCGAAGUUGGUAUCUUUAGAAUCUUUCAUCACCCGACAUGGCCCGUUCGAACAUCAGCAGCAGCAACUGUCCGUAUCAGCCCCUGUCUCUCCAAUUGGUCAUCGCCCAGCGUCUCAGCCAAACUACAGCGCCCAGGCCCAUGUUGGCAUGUUCCAGGAGUCGCAGUGGGGGAUUGCAAUGCACCCAGGUGCUCGUCCACCCGGCCACAAACGACAAAGGAGUCGAUCUGUCCCUAUGGCUGUUGAUUUUUCAAUGUUUAACAACCCGAUGCCAUCAUUCCUCAUUCAGCAUCCCGGUGAGACCCAACAACAAAACCAUAAUCCAAACAUCUUCGCGCCUAUCCCACAAUCACCAAAUAAUCUGGGACCUAUGGGCCCGAACUUGCGAAUCGACACAUCAUCUGGGUACGGCAUGGACUUCAGACAAUACCCCAUGUCUGCAGCUACAACUACGUCCCCGUCAGAUUAUGCCAGCCCCUCCUUCUUCUCACAAGGUCCCGAUUCAGGAGCGCUGCCUGCAUCUUCAUAUAAUACUCCCUUCGCAGCACCCUUCCUCUCCCCUAACCCUAUGAUCGACCCUUCAGGAAUGAACCCGCCGUCAGUUUCUCCCCUGUCGUUCAUGAGCCAUGGCGACCCAGCAAUUGUUGACCAAUCUCCACCUCUGUCGAUGAUACGUCGCAGCCCUUCUGCAGAUAUAUACGGCUUGUCGCAUGAUCCUCACUCGAGUAUAUCUGAUGAUGGGACUGGACUGAACGAGAUGUACUCGAAACACACCUUAAACCUCCCCAUGCAUCCGCACUCUACAACAUUUGCGGAGCAGCAAGCAGCAGACAUGGACAUGAACCAGCUCGUCUCGUUCGACGAAAACCCAGCAAGUCUUUCUCCGGAGGACCUAUCCCACUAA